AUGUGUGACUCCUGUCCACAAGUCAUUUUCCUCUUGACCAAAGGUUUCCCUGUAGGGUAGAACUCGCUAUGUAAUUUCACCUCCUUUACUUUUAUGUUACCUUGCCAAAUCCAAACUUUAAAAACAAGGUUAGCCUUUCUGAACAUUCUAUGUCCAGCCUAGCUCCUGUUGACUCAGAGACUUAAGAACAGGUAUUUAUCAACUGGUCUCAAUUUCCUGAACACAUUCACUGUGUCCAUCCACUGUUACAUUGCCUGUCUUCUGCAAAAGGCAACAACCUUGGGAAAACUCAGGCUGAUGAAUGGUGUGGACUGUUAA